AUGCAUCAAAUGAAUGGAGGGAAGAGGAAAGUGGCCCACGUUGCAUUAACAUGUGUUCCCUUCUUGCCCUUUGUCUAUUUUGUCAAAGGUCAUGUGAAUGUGAAAGAGGAGGAAAUCAAAGUUCUCUCAAAGAAAAAAUUUAGGAAAAGGAAGUACAACCUCCCACCAAGCCCUCCCAAGUUACCGAUUCUCGGCAAUCUCCAUCAGCUAAGCAAAUUGCCACACAUAUCCCUCCACCACCUUGCGAGAACUUACGGCCCGAUCAUCUUCUUACAGCUUGGUGAAAUCCCAACCAUAGUUGUUUCCUCAGCUAAAAUGGCGAAGGAGUCAUACAGUCAUGUCAGGGUAGAAGAAGUUGCUCGGUUAGUUGACCGGAUUACAGAGUCUUAUCCAGGCACCACAAAUCUAACUAAGCUGCUUGGUUUAUAUGCAAAUGAUGUUCUCUGUGGGGUAGCUUUUGGGAGGAAUUUUUCGGCAGGAGGGGACUACGACAGCCUGACCGGGAUGAAAUCCAGACUUGAGCACACGUUUCGGCGCUUUGAUGAUCUUUUCAAUGUGAUACUGAGAGAGCAUCAGGAAGAAAAUAAAGCUACGGAGCUGCACAAGUAUCUUGUGGAUGUUUUACUUGAUAUACAGAAGAACGGUUGUGGUGAAAUGCCUCUCACCAGGGACAAUGUUAAAGCCAUCAUCCUGGAUAUGUUUGCAGCAGGAACUGAUACAACAUUCAUAACCCUUGAUUGGGGAAUGACAGAACUUGUCAUCAAUCAAAAAGCCAUGGAAAGAGCACAAGCCGAAGUACGAAGCGUCCUUGAGAGAAAAUUCGUGCAAGAAACUGACCUACCUCAUCUGCCAUACUUGAAGGCUGUCAUUAAGGAGAUAUUCCGGUUGCACCCUCCUGCUCCAGUGUUAGGCCCCAGAGAAUCUAUGGAGGACAUAACCAUUGAUGGGUACUCCAUCCCAGCAAAAACCCGUUUCUUCGUCAAUGCUUGGUCAAUUGGGCGGGACCCAGAAUCCUGGGUCGAUCCACAAUCGUUUCGACCGGAAAGAUUCCUUAAUGAAAAUAGCAACAUUGACUUCAAAGGACAGGAUUUUGAGCUGAUACCCUUCGGUGCUGGUAGGAGGAGCUGCCCGGCUAUUGCAUUUGGAACUGCCAGUGUUGAGCUUGCUUUAGCUCAACUUCUUCACAGUUUCGAUUGGGAGCUUCCUCAUGGGACCCAGCCUAAGGAUUUGGAUAUGACCGAAGUUUUUGGCAUCACAAUGGACAGAGUUGCCAACCUCACGGUUGUAGCCAAACCCCACUUCUCCUAGACGACAGCAGAGACGAGCGAACAAGCUGGCUAAAAAUCUUCUCUCCGACUUAGUAAUCAAUUGCCUUUUACUUGUAAUUGAAGCAUGCUAUCUGUGAUCUAUUGUUCUAUAGUUAAGAAUAUGUCAUGUACUCUCCGACUUAGUAAUCAAUCACCUUUUGCUUGUUA